GCCUCGUCGAUGAUCAUAAGGCUUCAGAGCAUUUAUUUUCAUUGAUAGGAUAGUUAUUUUGUAAAAGCAGUAGCUCCUGGUGAGCUGCCCCAUGAGGAGCGCCAUGCCUCGUAGAAGACAGAAAAUCCUGUUGCGUAGAUGAAGCCAAAUCUCCUGUUGUAAGUACCUCCUUUGCAGCAGCAGCACCACUGAGACAGGAAAGAACCACAAAAUGGCCUUCAAUAACGCCCCCACACCCGCGGUUUUCCCAUGGAUGCCAGAGCGGUAUCACAAGAAAAAGUGUUAACGUUAACGGAAUUUGUUAUGCUGUGAUGCAUCAGAAAUGGUGCGCAAAUUUGUAUUGCGUAGCAUGCAUGGAAGACGAAAUUUGUAGUGCAUGACUGCAAUCUAUGAAAACCGUUAAUGUUAACGCUUUUUUGUUUGAUAAGCGGGGCAAGGUCUCCAUGAUCGCCACACCGAUAAUGUACGCACUGCAAAUAUGUCUGGGUCUGGAAGGUUGCAACUUGUGAUGCUAUCUCUGGAUUCUGAAAAAAAUUUGUAUUGCAUGACCAGCAAGACGAGGAGUCCUCGGAGUCCAGUUUGCUCUACGCGGAGAGGCCAUUUCUCAUGCGGAGUAGGCAUCAGGAAACCGUCUAAAAAUCUGUGAAGAUGCUACGUCAUGCAUUACAGGCGUUAUGGGUCAUGGAAAAUCUGCAUGACAAGUCCAGACCCCGACAUGUUUGCAUUUGAUACUAUGACCGCGGGGACGAAACGAAACCCAAGUAAGAAAUGGUGGAAGAGAAAUCCAAAAAUGAUCCGGCAAUCCAUCUUCCUCCUGGACCCGCUACGACGGCCGAACUUCGAGGAGGUCCACGCGUUUCAGUGGAUCGGAAUGAAACCGAAUGAGAAUUUGCCGAUAGGGAUGAGGAAUUACUUCGCGCGGCCACGGGUGCAAACCCCGGGAGACAGGCCGAAGCAGAUACGAUCAUUCGGAAUUUGGGGAGGGUUUGGGAAGGACUUCAGGUAAGGUAGGAUGAUUCGUUUGGUAGGGUUGCAUUUUGGUUUUCUGUUUAUGGAGACCGUAAAAUGAAGGUUUUUUUUGCAUCAGCACCAAGUAAUAUGAAGAAGUUGUCACUCGGCAAGAAAAGUUGCUGGUGACACAACAUCCAAACUCUUGCCGCAAGAAAGAAGGAGCGGCAGCAGCUCCCGCUGACAAUAUGAACUUCCUCAGGAGAAAACAACAAUGUACAUCGGUCAGCCGAGUUUUGCUGGAUUUCAAUCCGCAAAUAAAGUAAGGAGGAUCUUCAGGACAGAUAGAAGGAAUCCUCGUAAAAUAGAAGCCCGUCUACUUCUCCGUCGUGUUGAUCAUCUGCAGGACCCCUUGCCCUACCUGAAUGACAAUGAGGAACUUCUAUAUCAUGAGAAGUUUGACCCUUGAAGAAUAAACAUCAACUCAUCGGACUUAGAAUUCUCUCCUCCUCCACAAAACAGCGAAGUGAAACCGGAAACACCACUCUCCCCACGGCUCCUCGUAUCCAAGGAAGAAAGUGUUACAGUUACACAUUUGAUGUUGGAAUUUCAGCAUCACAAAUUUGCUCUGCAUGGCGAAGAAAACAUGUAAUGCGCAGACUACAAGGGAAAACACGAGUGGAAUGAGGCUGGCACGCGUUUCUUGCAUGACAGAGGUUGUCUGUCUUGCUUGUCUUGCAUGAGAGUGUGUAACUGAAGCACUUUUUUCUCACGAUACCUCGAGCGCGAAGCGAACUGGGACGUACGGCACCACGCGGUCGUGAAGAACGAGGGAUUUCUAUCCUUUGUAAAAACAUUCCCAACGCAUAGUAAAGUUACUAGUUGGUAAAUCUGCAAGACAAAUCUCUAAGCUAAGGGAGUUGCGCAUGACAAGUUUCCGUCUGCAGUGUAGUGCUGGUUAACAAAGGCAGCGGCAUAAGAAAGCCACUUUCUGAUCCUAUUUAGCGCAAUACAAAUGUUGCCAAAACACGAUCAUUGGAAAUGCCUGUCAUCAUGAUGCAGAGGCGCAUUACAAACGUUGCUGUCAUUGCGCAUUUGCAUGACAACUCUGGGUUGGGCACGUUUUUGCUCAGGAUAAUUUCACCAGUUCGAACGCAGUUACUUCGGUCGAAUCCGGGACUUUGACCAUGGCUUCGACCCCGAUGAACCAGUAUCGACGCUCUUGCAGGAUGAAAUGCGAUACGACCUGGACCAAGCCUUGCUCGCUCUCGAAAACCGAGCGGACAACCGGCUGAACAGAGGCACGGGGAAUUCUCGGUCGAUGAACCAACUCGCUUUGGCAGAUCAGGAACAUCAAAAUAACUCUGCGACAGUGGACGAUAGUGCGAAAGAAGCUGUGGAGAAGAUUUUGUUGGUAAACAACGCAGAAAACAACGAGAUGAACAAGUCCUCCAGUUCUUCUCUAGCAAAAAACAUCAAAACCCUCCAGCAAGAGAAGGAGGAACUCGAUCGGCAAGAGUCGGAGGCGCGGCAGGAACGGCUGAAGAAGGAUUUUAAGAUGCCCGUGAAGGAGAGGAGAAAGUUGGAAGCGAUGGAAAAGGACUACCAGAAGCAGCUGCUGAAAACGAAUUUAGCGAAGAUCAAAGUCGGGUUUGAGAAGGAAAAGCGAAACUGGAAACCGCCGAAGGGGGGAUUGGAUUUACACUUGGAGCUGUUGGAAAAACACGGAUAUCCUGUGCAAAAGUAUCGUACUCGUACAAAGACAAAUGCAAGUCUUGCAUUACAUACAAAUCUUAUUAUUUCCAAGGCAAAUCUGCAUUACAAAUUUUAUUUCUCAUGCUGAGGACGAAAUUUGUAAUGCAUUUAUACGAAUACGAUACUUUUGCAAUGCAUAACGGAGGCGCGAUGCUUGGCGGCACCAGGUACGGUGGCAGGGGCGGGAAGGGAUCCAACCUCCACUUCAUGCUGGAUGUAUCCGGUGCAAAAGUAUCGUACUCGUAUUGCAAUCAUGCAUUACAAAUUUUUUUCUCAAGGCAAAACAGCAUUACAAAUUUUAUUUCUCAUGCUGAGGGAAUUUGUCAUGCAUUUAUACGAAUACGAUACUUUUGCAGUUCAUAGGAUGACCCGUUAGGCGAUACGACGAGUCUCGACAUGGGAGCCAACGCGAAGAGGGCGAUGCUUGCGAAAAACAACGGGUUGAGUACGACAAAACGUAGGAGCGGAUCGCUCAGUGGAACGAGGAACAAGCGGUAUAUCUCGCGUUUUGUCAUGCAGAUUAGGCAUAAUGAGAUUGUGAUUAUCAUGUCAACAUUGCAAAAUGUUUCUUGUUUUAGCCUGUAAUCAUGUUGUGUUUAUUUUAACCACUCUACAUCUACAGAGCCAUCCUUUCCCCGCGCAGCGCAAACGGCGCGCCACAGCUCCAGAAUGUGCCGGCGGUGGCAAGACUGUCCUACCAGCGCCAACCGUCCUCUCCACGGACUAUCCAGAGAUUGGAGGACCGGCCCGGCUGGGACAACAAUUUCCAAGUAUGCAUUGCAAAUAUGUCUGGGUCCGGAAGAUCCCAAGACUUGUAAUGCUGAACGCGGUAUACUCGUGAAUCCUGUAAUGCAUGGCGCGGAAUAGCACUGCGUCCCUCUGAUGCAACACGCACUACAGGAGCGCUAAAAUUAAAACUUGUCAUGCGUGGCUUCGUAUGUGCAUUCAGUUUGUCAUUCAUGUAUUAGCAUGAGAAGUUUCCAGACCAACCAGACAUGUUUGCAUUUGAUACCAAGUGCUGCUCGACAACGAGAAAGCUGCGGCUGGGAACCGAAACUACUUCGAUCGGAAAGUGGAGAAAAAAUCCAACUACGUGGAGAGCAGAUACGCAUUGCAAAAGGAUCGCCACUGUAGUAGAAAUUGCAUGACAAGUUUGAGUGGCAAGAAGAAAAAUAGGAUUUGUGAUGCUGAUUCAUGUUGCCAAAGAGGUUUCUCAUGCGUGAUUGCAAUGAACAAUUCCUACAACUGCGAUCCUUUUGCAGAUGAUAGCAGGAAUUUCGCGCGGAUUUCCGAUCGACCGGUCGUCACAGGAGUGCUCGGCGUCAGUGUGGAUUUGGACAUAUGAAGAAGAUGAUGACUUCUCGCUCUUCACCGUGGAGGUCAUGACCUGUUCUUGUACAACUGCAAGAUUUGUUACCUGUAGACCUUCUUUCGAUAUCACUGUACAAUUUUUCGACAACUCUUAUCACUACACAUCAAACCGAAACAAAUAGCACAAAGGCGAACGCUAUCAAACUGAUCACCUACUUGAAAGAAACAUACGUGCUGACUUUGAUUUUUGCACUCGUUUUCUACUUCGAAUUUCCUGUACAGGGCUUGAAAAUUGCAUAUUUUUCGCCGUAUUCUUGUACAAAAUUGAAAUUGAUGUGUGAUGCAGCAGCUACAACCAUCCCUAAGUACCCUUUUUACACUUCUGCCCUGUACAUAUAUCAACCACCUUCUUCGCCGCACGGUAAAGAACCCUUGCCGUACUCGCCUCUGAAUUUUCACUGUACAUUGGUCUCUGUAUGUUUUGCGUUGCCCUUGACCUAGCGGAGUUGUAGUACAACCACGUAACGUAAACUCACCUGAAUCUGCUCACAUCACUGGUGUUGGAGAACAAAAUGUAGUAUACCUACAUGUAUAAAAUGUUUCAAGAUCCUUAUACGUGCUCAGAAUAAGCGCUAGUGUGCGUGUGGGCAUCACGUUUAUUUUCGGGAGAGAUUCAGUAGAUCGUCGUCUCUUACGCGGCUCACUUCUACCUUGCUUAAUCGUCUUCGAGCUCGAUCUUCGUAUGAAAAUAUCGCGAAAAUGUUGACUAUUACUCGAGCUUGUGGGUUAGUCAAGAUCCAAUUCACCCUGCGUGGGUACCGGGGAAGUCCUUAAAAUGAAAGUCGCAUGGCACUACAUCAAAAACUUCAUGGAGGUCGUCCUUUGCUUGUACUCGUUAUCGUGAUCAUGGGGUAAAAUUUGCUUAUCGUGCUGCAGUCUCUAUUCUAGAUCUAGAAAAAGUUCAAGUUGUCGCAUCAACUACGAAGUCUUUUAAGAGUACCUGUUGCUCCAAAAGAAAAAAUUAAGAACUUCAUCUCCCGGUAAAGAUUUCUCGUAUGUGGGG